AUGAAUAAGAUUGGAUGGGUCGAAAUUCGAAUGUUAUCUUGUCGGAGUGGUAGUGCAAGCGGAAAAACUAGUGUCUCGGUACGUAUCAUAGAAAAUCUUAAUGUACCGUGGGUUGUACUUUUGAGUAUGGAUUCUUUCUAUAAAGUGUUAAACCCCAAAGAUAAAGUCGACGCGUUAAAUAAUAACUUCAAUUUCGAUCAUCCGGAUGCUUUUGAUUUUGAUAUAUUGUUUGAUACAUUGAAGAAUAUGAAAGAGGGAAAGAAAGUCGAUGUACCGAUUUAUGAUUUUGUGACUCAUGCUAGACUUCCACAAACAAUCUCGUUAUAUGGUGCAAAUGUUAUCAUCUUUGAAGGAAUUUUUGCACUUUAUGAUCAAAGAAUUUUGGAUUUGAUGGACCUUAAAGUAUUCGUUGACACUGAUUCAGAUAUUCGGCUUAUUCGUCGAUUAAAACGAGAUAUUAAUGAACGAGGACGUGAUUUCAAUGGUGUAAUACAGCAAUAUCAAAAAUUCGUAAAGCCCGCUUUUGAUCAAUACAUACAACCUACCGUCAAGAAUGCGGACGUGAUAAUUCCACGUGGUCUUGAUAAUUUAGUUGCCAUCGAUUUAAUAACCAAACAUAUACAACGUCAAUUGCAUGAACGUCAAGUUAAUUUUCGAUGGGAUCUUCUAAAGUUGGAUUGUAAUGAUAAAGAAAUACAGAAGAAUGUCACUGUUUUGGAACAAACCACUCAACUUAAAGGGAUUCAUACUAUUAUAAGGGAUAGAAACACACAACGUGAUGAUUUCAUAUUUUAUGCUGAACGAUUAGCUGCUAUAAUUGUAGAAAGGGCGUUGUCAGAAUUAAUAUUUAUAGAGCAUGAAAUCAUCACGCCACUUCAUGUGCCAUACGUUGGAAAAAGGAAUACGAUGCAGAUUUGUGGAGUAUCUAUUCUACGAGCGGGAGGUACAAUGGAAACUGGUUUAAGAAGAGUCGUUAAGGACGCUUUGAUUGGAAAAAUCUUGAUUCAAUCUCGUCCUAAAACUGGAGAACCAUCGUUACAUUUUAUUAACCUUCCUAAUAAUAUUCAUGAAUGUUCUGUAUUGCUCAUGGAUGCACAGAUAGCAACUGGGGCAGCUGCACUUAUGGCCAUAAGGGUAUUAUUGGAUCAUAAUGUACCUGAGGAUAGGAUAAUAUUUUUGACUUUCCUUGCAACUCCAUUAGGACUUCACGUAAUAUCUAAUGCAUUUCCAAAAGUUAAAGUAUGUACGUCAAUGAUCGAUUCAAAGAUUAAUGACGAAACAUUAUUUAUUGAACCCGGAAUGGGUAAUUUUGGUGAUCGAUAUUAUGGUACUGAUGUUUAA